GCAUGCAACGAGGGAGGUAAACGCACAUUCGGGCUUCCUCGUUUUUUUUUGCGUUCGGUCUCAGCGAAAAUGUAAAAAAAAAAAAACAACCGUUUCCACUUAAACCACGUCUUAUCGACGUGAGCACACGCAUCGUUUUAGGUGACAAGAAAGUUAAAGAUGGAGAAGAAGAGCAGGGAAAGGCUGAGUGUGUGGCGCGCGCCGGGUGAAUGCUGAAGACGAGCGCGCGGGGGGGACUGAACACGAUGCUCUAACUCCAUUAUGACGUAGGGGGACGGCGGCGCAGUAAACUAAGUGCGUGUCCGGGACAUACGACGUGCAGCGCGAGGCACGGGCAGCCGGAAAGGGAGCCGCGCGCCGCUCUGCGGGAAGGAAGGGGAAUAGGGAAGGGAACGGGCUCUUCUUCAUGCACCCCCGAGAAGAAAUGGAACAAAUACACACUGACAAACAAUGUGUCAGCAGAAAAUAAACCAUUUUGAAAUGCCUCCUGUCAUCAUCAUGUGAAGAUGGUUUUAGUUACGCGUUACUUAUAUAUAUAAUAUGAAGACGUCCUGACUCAGUGAGAAGAAUGUAAAAGUGCGAUUCUUCUUCUCGUCACGUCACGGUGCCUCAAGUUCUCGUUCGUUGUCCUUCGGAAGAGAGCAGAAAUCAUCAUGCCGAGGGAGGACGCCGGUGUUUCUCCGCGGCCCGUGCGCUCAGCCUCCUCAGGCCGUCCCGUUCACACCCAGGUCCGCCCGCCUCCCUCCUUCGGGCCCGUUAGCGCCACUUAGUUUCUUCUGCAACUUGAACGCGCGAACACGUCGGACCUAUAGCCAAGCCAGGGAGUCGAGGAGGAGGGCGCGUCGGACAGCGCAGCGCAGCGCGGCGCGGUCGGAGAGGGAAGAUGAUGAAAAUGGAGGAGCAGCAGCCGCUGCUGCUGCUGCUGCAGAAGUGGGACAUGAUCAUCGCGGCGCCCGCGAGACGUCCGCGCGCUCUCCACCUGCGUGUCCGCGUGAGGAGUGGCUCGAUCGCGGAGGAGCGGCGCUGAGCCGCAGCACCGCACCUGGGGGGCCGGGACGCUUCAGCCAUCAUCUGAUCUUCACAUUCGCCCAGCAGUCAGAGCUCCCCGCGAUCAGUUUCAAAAUAUGAGACAUUUCUUUGCUUCCUAUGAUUUAUGGUCCGUUUCGCCUAUUGCGCAGCCUUGAAGUUGACUUGGGAUUAUUCUGGCCGCAGGAGUCUCUGUCAGCUGAACUUUGCCGCCUCCCUCAACCACAUUCCCUCGUGUCCUGCAACUGUCCCGCCCUUGUUGCCGUCUUCGUCCCUCCUCUCACCCGUGGCCCGGCCCACCAUGCCCUCGCCGUCUGACUCCGGCAGCGCUGCCUCGGUCUCGGGCUCCCGGGCCUUGUCCGGGAGCCGGAGGGGCAUCUCCGGACGGGGUGGGGCACGGCUCCUUCUCUACCUGGGCUUGUGUCACCUGAGCCUGGGAGCCAUGGUCCUGGCCUUCAGCUUCACGAGCCUGGCCUUCACCUCGUCGCCCCGCGUACGCCAGUCCUGUCCUUUCUGGGCCGGCUUCUUCGUGGUGGCUUCAGGGCUAGUGGGGGUUGUGUCGUGGAGAAGACCUCUCACCCUCGUGGUGUCACUGUUUAUGCUGCUGUCAGCUGUCUGCGUGAUCCUCAGCUUGGCGGGGUCCAUGCUGUCCUGCCAAAAUGCUCAAAUGGUCAAGUCACUGCAAGCCUGCCAGGUGGAAGACAAAGUGUGCUGGUGCUGUGAUGCUGGAAGCACCUGCUCCAUGUCUGAUGACAGCCUGAUGCUUUACCUGCAUGCAGACUGUCACUCUGCCCGCCACCAGCUAAAGGACUUGCUGUUCAGUGCAUGUGGCCUCAGCAUCUUGUCCACCAUCAUCUGCACCCUCUCCACUGUGACCUGCAGUAUUCACAUCUUCUCUCUGGAUCUGCUGCACCUGCUAGUUCCACAUCGCUCUCGGUCAGUGAACCCAGAGUGCAGCACUCCCCAAGAUGCCUUCCUCACUAAUGCCAUGGAUUUCGAGGAGUUUGUGCCCCCCAUCCCGCCACCGCCCUACUAUCCACCGGAGUACACCUGCAGCUCGGAGACAGACGCUCAGAGUAUAACCUACAAUGGCUCCAUGGAGAGUCCAGUGCCACUGUACCCCACUGAUUGCCCCCCUCCCUAUGAAGCUGUGAUGGGGCAGAGAGCAGCUAGCCAGGCAACAGUGUAUGACACUCAUGUCACUGAGCUGUCCGGCGAAAGAGGGACGUCCACUGCGUUUAGUGGAGAAGUUUCCAUGGACAGUGGGUCCUUACUCAUGUCAGAGAUCGUGGACAUCCCAGAUGACAGCUCUCCCUCGGAGGACUCCUGCCUGCUGGAGGUCACUGUGGGCGUAAGAGGACGUGGCAGCGGAGCUGAGGGGGGCGAGUAUGUCAGCUUUCGUUGCCCCUCGCAGAGCCAGCAGCCCCUCGAGAGCCCUGUGCCUGCAGUCUGCCCGUCCUCUCACCGCUGUUUCAGAGGCGAGCGGUCAAACUCCUGCUCCUCCCCCAGCAGCACUGCUGAUGCCCCCUACAGGUCUCCUGUCCUCCGGCACCAGGCCAUGCUGGCCAGCAGCUGCUCUCAGCUGGAGUUAGUAGGAGGCUCCGGGUCUCCACGUUCCUCCAUCCCCGAAAUCCGCGUCCGCCCCUGCACCCCCAACCGCCAAGGUUACGACACUUCUGCUUCAGCCUCCACCCCCGUCACCUCGGUGGCCAAUCGCACCAACAGCCCAUCUGCCUUGCUUCUGCCCCCGUACCCCCAUCGCCGUGGGGGGGCACAGGAACGGCGAGACAGCGACUCCCUCCCCCUGCUGGUUAGAUCACAUAGCGAGCCAGGGCUGAGCUCAUCGACUGACACAGGUGACUUCAGUGGCUCAGCAGGCAGUAAAGUAGUGAGUGAUGAGGUGUCCCAGACUUCCUCUGAAACUGAGGCAUGUCUGUUGCCUCGUACGACUUUGGCGCUCACCAGUACCCUCCCCAGGAAGGGCAGCAUGAAAGCAGGAACUGGGCAACUGCCUCUUAAACCACCUCCUGCCACUUCGCUUCGUGUGCCCAAGGACUGCGCUCGCUCUCUUGGAGACCUCAAGGUAACCAGGGUCUUGGUAGCUCGUCUCCUUCAGCGGUCCAAACGCAAUUUGGCACCUCCUCCAGAGCAUGCUGGAAAUGGAGGACAAGUGCUGAAGAGGAGACCUGGAGGAGAAGGCAGCGGGGCCAGUCAUCAUCCAUUUGGGCAGGUCCUGCGCAACUCAUGGGGGUCGAGCAGAGGGCAACAGUACCAGCAGCGUCACCGCAGUCACCACUCCCACAGUGAUAGCCGCCACAACCGUCGCCAUGACAACCCAGUGCAGGUGGAAGGCAUUCACCUGCGCAGCUGUGGGGAUCUGAGCUCAUCAUCUGCAGCUUCCCUGCGCAGGCUUCUUUCCAGGCCUCACAGCUCAUCUGCAACACUUUAUACAGAGUCAGCGUUGUGAGGGGGUGGGGCAGAGAUGGGAGUGGUGUUUUAACAGGGAGUGGUCUGCUGAUAGAGUGUAAGGGUGGAAGGGAUGAACUGACUGGAUAAUGGGAAAAAAAGAAUUUCAUCUACAUGUUCAGGUUGCAGGGCCUGAGUGGAGCUCCUCUACAUAACAAUCCAAAAAGAGGAAGGAGGGUUUAAGAAGAUAACAGUAAUUGUGUGUAAAAAGGGCCUUAAAGGAAAUAUAAAACUGAAUGGAAGAUGAUAAGAGGAACUGAACCAUGGGCUGGAGAGGAGUAUAUGUUCUCUGAAUCUAUGCUUUGAACAUAAGGAAAGUAAUGAAUUACCACUGCAAUAACAAGGAGAAGGAACUGUCAAAGUAUAGAGGAGCAGUGACUUAAAGAUGACAAUGAGCUAACAUACACAUGGAGACAGCACUGAAUAAAUUCAAGCAAUCUGCCUUGGAGAUGGCUCCACAGUCUGAAUGCACUAGAGCUUACCCUAUACAGUGGUGCUGUUUCUCAUCCUGACCUCAGCCUUACCCUCUCCACAUCUCCAUCCAUGCCCUCGCUGUUGCACUGUCCCUGCAGUCUUCUCAAAUCUGACAAAGAGCAAGUUAACACAACAGCCACGACACAAGUACGGACAACAUCGUACCCAGAUUUAAGUACAGUCGCACUCCACAGCAUUGUCUUCCAUGUUUGAAAAGACCUGAAGUGUGGCUUUUUUCCACUUUUUUUGUGUUGAACAACAGUGCAAGAGAAUGAGACACUGUGACAGUAUCAUUCUUCUGUAAUAACACACUGGCCAGAGGUAUGAGUCUGUGUACCAGUGCAAACUCUCUAUCUGACACAUUGUGGACACAAGAAAGUCUAUAUUUAAAGAUCAAACAUAGUGUACUGUGCAUACUGUGUUUACUACUAAAAUUAUACUAGUGGAAUACUUAUGGCUUCUCAGGGACCCUGAUAUUUGUAAAAGGGUCAUGAUUGCAUAAGAAGUUAAGAAAUCAUCUUUUUCCAAGUACAAUAGUUAUAUAUUUUCCUUCCCUAGAGAUGUCAUUACUUUUAUUUCUUAUAGGUAAGUCAGUCCAAGCUAGGAGGAGGGCUUUGUUACAGCUGUUUUUCCACAAAUUUGUCAUAAUUCCAGUUGCCCCAUGACAGUGACCUGUACCCCAUCCUUAGCUUAGAAGGGUCAGUACUGAGAAUGACUUAAUAUUGCUUGAUCCAUGAAUUGUACAUUCUUUUUCAGUGAAGGUUACCUUUAUGUGCAGCUCUGAGUAAUAACAGAAUUCUUGUUGUGAACAGAUUGAAGCCAUAUUACAUUUACAUUACAUUUACAUUUAUUCAUUUAGCAGAUGCUUUUCUACAAAGCGACAUACAUUUCAGAGAAUACAAUUUGUGCAUUUCAUAUUAGGUCUGUUGGUUCAUUAGUAGAUAAACAUUAUCUGUAAGUGAGCUAUAUAGCUGGCCUUUUACCCAUUGCUAGUUGCACAACUAUUUACUGAAGAGGUUAAGAAUUAUUACCUUCUUUUUCCGUUACAAAUCUCAGCCGGGUUCCAAAUCUUAAGAAAUUCAAAAGUUUACGCGUCUAUUUUCUUGACUGUGCUGCUUUUCAAAAUCUGUCACAACUGAGAAAUUUUGUUAAAUGCUGGUUGCCUGGAAUAGUUAUGGAAGAAUUCUUUUUAUGAAUGCAUGCUAUUUAAAACCAAAAAGGUACUGUUUGCAUACAGUGGAAGUUUUAGUCAUAUCCUCUAUUUCAGGCUAAAUCAGUUUGUCUGCUACUGGACUGUGUUAUAUUUCCUCAGAAUGUUUCUGCAUGACUUGUAAUGUUUUUUUAUUGAUAUUUUCUUCCUGCACCAAAUCACAGAGAACUGUUAAGUACUGAUGUGUUUCUUCAUGAAGGAAAUAGUUUGUGUUGUGGUAUUGGUAUAUUGUGCACUGAUUGUUAUAGUGCACUUUUAUUGGGAAAACAAAGGCGGUGGAAGUAAAUGUUUAAAAAUGUAUGUAGGUGUUAGGAGGCAAGAAGCGAGAGUCAAGGGAGUAUUUACCGUGAUGAUAAGGAAGCUGUCUGUAAAGCUUUUCUAAUACAGGAUGGCUAGAGGUGAAAUGUUGUCCAGCAAUACCCAGUGGCAGAUGGUGGAUUUCAUGAAGUUUUAUGUUCAAUCAGAACUACUGCUGGACUUGAAGGCAUCAACAGUCUUCCCAUCAGAACUUGCUGGGCCUUCAUCUCUGCUGUCCCCUGGUGGUAACUGGUGCAGCAAAGGGUGAGGAGAACACCAAAGGAGAACACUUGUCAGAAGCACUGAUGCACAUUCUGGAGCGCUGAACUUGUGGGAAUUUAAAUGGAACUUUAGUUUCUACCUCCUGUAUUGCACAUUGACAAAUUAUAAUAAAUUAAAAACUG